UUAACCUAGACGGUUCUUGUCUCCGUGCAGAAUAAAAGCUCUAACCCUACGGUGGGCUGGACUCCGACCACAUGUGAUUUCGUCAUAUUUUAGCGUUUGAAAAUUUUGCCUGAGCUCGGUUGAUGGCUGUUCUUCCGAUUCUUCGGUUCGAAGACAAAAUAGUGGAGGCCGUGGAGAAGAAUCCCGUGGUCGUGAUUAUUGGAGAAACUGGCUCCGGAAAAAGCACUCAGCUGUCUCAGAUUCUACACCGCAGAGGAUACACGCGAUCCGGAGCAAUCGCAAUCACCCAACCUCGCAGAGUUGCUGCUGUAUCCGUUUCGAGGAGGGUUGCUUUAGAAGUUGGUGCACAGCUUGGUGAAGAAGUGGGCUAUGCCAUUCGGUUUGAAGAUCGAACAUCUGAUAAAACUUGCAUCAAGUAUCUCACUGAUGGUGUUCUUCUCCGUGAAAGCCUCUCUAAUCCUAGAUUGGAUCAAUAUUCAGUCAUAAUUCUUGACGAAGCUCAUGAGAGAAGCUUAAACACUGACAUAUUACUUGGGUUGAUGAAACGUUUGGUCAAGAUGCGCUCUUCAAAUUUAAAAGUUCUUAUUACUUCAGCAACUUUAGAUGGAGUGAAAGUAUCGAAGUUCUUCUCAGACUGUCCCAUAUUGAAUGUUCCUGGACAAUUAUUUCCUGUAGAAAAGUUAUACAGUUCCGAACGCCCUAAAAACUAUAUUGAUUCAUCCAUGAGAACUGCUCUUGACAUACACUCUCGUGAACUACCAGGAGACAUCCUUAUAUUUAUGACAGGACAGGAUGAGAUUGACAAAAUGGUAUCCAAGUUGGAGGAAAAGAUUCAAAACCUUGAGGAAGGUUCAUGUAUGGACGCCCUAGUCCUUCCACUUCAUGGCUCUUUACCACCUGAGAUGCAGGUUCGUGUAUUCAGUCCAGCACCUCAAAAUUGUAGGCGGAUUAUUGUCGCCACAAAUAUUGCUGAAACAUCAUUGACAGUGGAUGGCAUUGUAUAUGUCAUUGAUACUGGUUAUGUGAAGCAGCGUCAAUAUAAUCCAUCGACUGGGAUGUAUUCUCUUGAUGUUGUCCAGAUUAGCAGAGUCCAAGCUGAUCAGCGUGCUGGCCGAGCUGGAAGAACUUGUCCCGGAAAGUGUUAUAGAUUAUACCCCUCCAGCGUCUAUUAUGAAGAGUUCCUCGAUGCUACCGUUCCUGAAAUUCAGAGGUCAUCUUUGACCGGAAGUGUCUUAUACCUUAAAUCACUUAAUCUUCCAGAUAUUGAUAUCUUGAAGUUUGAUUUUCUUGAUUCACCAUCACGUGAGUCCUUAGCCGAUGCUUUAAGGCAGUUAUAUCUCAUUGAUGCUAUUGAUGAAAAUGGAAUGAUAACUCAUGUGGGACGGACUAUGGCAGGUAACACCUUCAUAUUUUGA